CAUCGAUGAAAUACCCACUCGGACGGAUGGUCAGAUCAGUAUAGCACUUCCUUUAAAUACAGCAAUCCACUACUGCCAGCAACCCCCCGGCCCCCCUCCCUCACGAUCUUGCUCCAACUCCAACGACGGACACAACUCUAGUUCUAGCUCUCCUUCCUUUGCAUCUAUAUCUUCGUUCGACCACAUCUAGCUAUAGCCAUAUAUAUAUAUAUAUCGACAUGGGAAACUGCCUGGUGAUUCAACAAGCAGACGACAGGAAGGAGAUCAAGAUCGUGAGCGUCGUGGACGACGGCGGCGUCCUCGACACGCCAUCGUCGUCCCCGGCGGGCGCGCGCAGCCUGACGAAGGUCCCGGCGGCCGGAGCCGCCGCCCUCUGCGAGCCCCUGCUGCCGGCUGCUGGCGGCGCCGCCGCCGUCAGGGUGAAGCUGGUGAUCAGCAAGCAGGAGCUCAGGAAGAUGCUCGACAAGGAGGGCGUGUCGCUGGACGACAUGGUGUCGUCUCUCGUUCGCAAGGAAGCGAGCGGUGGUGACCGGGAACAGGAGCUCUGCUGCGGUGGGUGGCGGCCUGCGCUGGAGAGCAUACCGGAAGGUAGCGAUCUCUAGCACGUACUUCCUGCUGGGCAUCGUUCGUCGUCGUUCAGGUGUCUUGUGGAAGUCACAGGAUCAGUGUCAGUGGUCGUGCCUACACUGCAUGCAAGAAGCUAGUUACGCUGCGCAUGAUACUUUUUUUGGGGGAAUAAGCGUAUAAUUAAGCAAAACAUGCGUGCUCUGGGUAUAGCAUAUAUACACACAUGUAGAGUAGACUAUUAUAUACAUACCCAUACACAUACACAGAGAGAUAGUAUAGAUACAGAUGGUAGGAGUUUUGAUAUAGGGAUUCUCUUCAUCUUUUCUUUCUGCCUGCCUGCAUGCUUUGUAAAGAAGAGGUAAAGAUGAUCCUGGAAAUCAAGCAAAGGUUUUAUAUAUGUGGUAGUACUAUAUACCUUGUGUCCUCAUCAUGCAUGUGAUUCCGCCAUCACAGGUAUAAUCUCAAGGGAUUCAUAUGCUUCUUUU